AUGGCAGCCGUACGGUCUUAGACUGCUCUAAUGAUAACGAAGCUGAAACGAACCAUUGAUAUCGACGAUGUUUGCGUCUCUAAACAGCAUUAGCUCAGACGAGAUCAAUACGUUCGAACGUCACCAAAGUUUCUUUGACUGCGCCAACAAGGUUGCCGAGCGGUACGCGCGCCCCGAUCAAAAGAUCGUGUAUUCCCCCGUCAUGGACUCGCUCAAGUCACAAAAAGCCGCCUUGGUCGAGCUCUCUGGUCGUCUCGUCGUCACUGGGCUGACCCAAGCUCUUGCCGAGCCAGGUCCGUUAUGA